GCCAAUUUAACAAUAGCGAGCAAUGUCAGAAGCUGUUGGUACUUUACCACAAAAAUCUGGCGGAAUGAAUGGAUCGAACCACUUACCUCAAAAUCUCCGUCGGUCUUGCUUGCCAAUGGUUACAGUGAUCUGGGCAUGUACAAGUCCCGGUCAAUACUUAAGGGUGCAACUGUGUUGGAGUGACUUGGGAACUCUGUCCACUGAAGGAGGUGGGAUCAUCAGAUUGGAGCUAGUCCAUGUGUGAGGGUUCCUCAAGCUCUGAGACUCUCAGACAGUGACCCCAGAGCCCGGUUUGGUAACAAUGACCCCCACCCCCCCAUUGUUACACCCUAAACCUUCUAUUGUUGGAUACCAGUUGGUUGAGGGCAAGGCAGAGAGCGAAGGCCAGAAGAUCCCUGAAGAUGUCUGUCAUCCAUUCUGAAACAGACACUUAUGAUAUCAUUCAGAUCUUGGGCAAGGGGACUUUUGGUGAGGUGGCGAAGUGUUGGAAGAGAAGCACCGGCCAUUUUGUGGCCAUCAAGAUCCUCAGAAGUGACUCAUACCGUGCCCGAAUCAUCAAGAACGAGCUAAAGAUGUUGAGGGUGUUGGGAACAGUGGAUCCAGAUCAGUACCACUUAAUCCGAUUCUUUGAGUGCUUCCAUGAUGACAUCAAGUCAUACUUGGUCUUUGAGCUGAUGGAGCAGAACAUCUUUGAGUUUCAGAAGGAGAACAACUUUGCGCUCCUGCCAGCCAGGCAUAUUCGGACUGUUACCACCCAGGUCCUUAGUGCCCUCCAGAAGCUCAAGGACCUGUCAAUCAUUCACGCUGACCUCAAGCCCGAGAACAUCAUGAUCAUUGAUCAGAAGCGGUUCCCCUUCCGUGUGAAAGUGAUUGAUUUUGGAUCUGCGAGCAUAUUUCACGAGGUGCGCUAUGUCAAAGAGCCCUACAUCCAGUCCAGGUUUUACCGCUCGCCCGAGAUCCUGCUGGGUCUCCCCUUCUGCGAGAAGGUGGACAUGUGGUCGCUGGGGUGCGUGAUGGCCGAGCUUCACCUGGGCUGGCCCCUCUACCCCGGCAACAGCGAGUACGACCAGAUCCGCUACAUCGUGGAGACCCAGGGGCUGCCCAAAGACCAGCUCCUCAACGCCGCCACCAAGGCGGCCCAGUUCUUCCACCGUGGACCCCGCCAGCACUCGGGCCCUCAGUGGCAGCUCAAGUGUGCCGCUGACUACCAAGCGGAGACCAUGAUGCAGCCUCUGGAGAGGAGGAAGUACAUGCUCAAGUCGCUGGAUCAGUUGGAGACCAUCAACAUCACCAAGACCAUCUUCCCCGACGACGAGGUGAUUGCCGAGUUCCAUGACCGCAAGAACAUGGUGGAGCUGAUCAAGAGGAUGUUGACUCUGGACUCCCACGAACGCAUCACCCCCAGCGCCGCCCUGAAACACCCUUUCGUCACCAUUCAGCAGCUGAAGAUGACUCACGAACACACCAAGUACUACGAGCAGUCGGUGCAAGGCCUCAAUGCGGCCCUCAACUCCGAGCGCAGGGCCCUCAACUGCGACCGUCAGUACUACAGCCUGGUGGACGAGUCGUACUACUCCAACCCCGAGUGCUACUACGAAUGCCGGCAGGCCCACCACAUCCCCAGCAUCACCUCCAUGCAGCGGGCCAUUGACAAGAUGGACAACUUGACUAUUGAGGAGCCCGGCCGGGAGAUUAACUUCAGUAUGUGGCAGGAGGGAGCGGGCAAGGCAGGGUACCAGCCUUCCACCUCCAAGGCGGGCAACCCCAGCUGCUUGCCCCACUCCUACCACCAAGGGGCCUGCUUUAGGCCCAACCACCCCGCACACAGGCACAGGAAAGAACCGGCCGCGGGUUACUACACCAACCGGUGUGGGCUGAAGCAGAGGAAGGCCCCUCACCAUUCCAAGUCCGACCCGGCCUUCGGGAACGUGAUCCUCCUGGGACAGGAACCCCCCGCGGAGAUCAUUAGCUGGGAGGAGGAAGAGGCGGAGGCCAUCUUUGCAGCGGCGUCUUCCUCGACACAAGAGGUGAAGAGGUCCGAGGAAGCGAUGGCACUCAAAGAGGCUCCAGAUCCUGAGAGAUCUCAACCAAGCCAACAGGACUCCGAACAUUCGGACAACUUUGACAAUGAAUGGUUGAACAAUGGCAGCGAGACCUGGAGUCCGGAAAGCACAGAUUCUGUCUCCAUUGAAUACGAAGAGAUACAGCCACGGAGCAACAGUUACCAGAAUUAUGUACACAUGGAAAAUCAACAUUAGCCCUAUUGCCCAGUGGGCCAUGCAGACAGCGCCACCUGCUGAUCAGACAAGACUGCAAAUGAUUUUACAAUGUGACAAAUGCCUCGGUUAUUUGCCACAGAAUAAACCGUCAAUAAAUCUUCAACUGUAAGCAUCAUUUUAUUUAUAAUAAUGCAACGUGAAAAAAAUAUAGACCUCUCAGGUCAUAGGAAAGGAAUUUAGAAAAUAUGUAUUGCGCUGAAACUUGCCAGGCCUGAAAUAAAUGCCAUGGCCAGUCAGGAGAUAGAAUGAAGCAGGGAAGAUUUGAAAGUCCUUAAUUCAGGACAAAAUGGCUGGUUUAAUGUGAUUGAGUAUUGGUGCUUAUUCAAUCUGCUUCUGAAAUUGACUUUAUCCAAACUCUGAACUUUCGGGGUCGUUUGGAAAAGAGCUUUGAUUUGUUAUCCAUUUAUUCAGUGUUAAAGCACUCUGUGUAUUCUGUAUUGUUAAUAAAAAUGUUUGAAAAUCAAUCGGUUUUGUUGGGUCGAAUCAUCUUCCCAGGUCCAAGUUGCAUGGAAAUUGUCUAUUGUCUAUCGAAAUGGUCAAUGCCUCGCGAGGGGACCACGGUUUGGGAUCUGCUCCACGCCAAGACCGCGAGAAAUCGUGGGCGCGUAGCCCAGACCGUCACGCAAACCGACCUCCCUUCCGUUGGCUCCAUCUACACCUCAUGCUGCCUCGGCAAGGCCAGCAGCACAAUCAAGGGCCAGUCUCACUCCCUCUUCUCCCCUCUCCCAACAGGCAAGAGGUGAAGAAGUGUGAAAACGCACACCUCCAGAUUCAGGGACAGUUUCUUCCCAGAAAACUAAACCAUCCUCUCACCAACUGGAGAACAGUCCUGACUAAGGAGACUCUCAGACCAUCUAGAAUUGGACUUUAUCUUGCACUAAACAUGACACCCUUUAUCCUGUAUCUGUACACUAUGGAUGGCUUGAUUGUAAUCAUGUAUAAUCUUUCCACUGACUGGAUAGCACGCAUCUAAAAAGCUUUUCACUGUACCUGGGUACACGUGACAAUAAAUAAACUGAAGAUAGACACAAAAAGCUGGAGUAACUCAGUGGGACAGGCGGCGUUUCUGGAGAGAAGGAAUGGGUGACGUUUUGGGUAGAGACC